CCAUUUAGCGGACUGUGCUUCAAGCUGUUUUCCUGAUACUCGAUUAGCAUAUAAUGAAAAGAGGUAUUAGAUGAAAAUACUAAAUUGUACAACUAAAACAAGUAUAACGUGAUAGCCGGUGAUAUAACGCAUGAAGUUUAUCGCUGAACGUAAUGCGCUAGAUGGCAUUACUUAAAUUUUUGUUUUGGCGAUGAAAUAAAGAAUGUGAAAUUGAAUUUAUAUGGCAGAAUUUGCUAAUAAUUAUUGAUUGUUAAAUUAAAUUUAACUAUAUUCUGUUUUGUUUUAAAAAUAUAUAUCCCAUCAAUUAAAAGUCUAUAUAUAUACGUAAAUAUAACGUACAUAACCUUCAUUAUGAUAGCGUUUUUUAAAACAAAAACAUUUAGACAACAUUUUUUGCCGGCUAUGGUACUUAUUAUAGGAGGAUCGUUUCUUCUUAAAGAAUUCGCUAAAAUAAGAUAUAAAUAUAAGAAAGUUACCUCACAUGAUAUACAUAAAGAAGCUGAAUUAAUGGGAAUUAAAAUGUCAAAACCUCUUACUCUUGAAGAAGAAUAUGAAAAAACAAUGAGUAAAAUAGAUCUUGAUAAUUGGGAAAAUGUUCGAAUACCAAGACCAUGGGAUGAAACACUUGAAGCGAAGAAAUAGAUACUGUACUUACAAAAAUAUUUACUUUAAUUGUAUUUUAAACAGUAUAUGUACAUGUGUGUAUAAAAAUGUAUAACUUAUCUAGAAUAAAC